UUGAACCUGCAACAUGUAAGCUUAUUUCUCUCUAUGACUGUACUCCAUUUCGUUUAUACUUUUGGACUCUAGAAGACUUUUAUGCCACAGCCUCCAGAAUCCAAGUUUUAACGAUAGCAGACGUAAAGAGCAAAAGACUGUUAAAUGUACAGACCUACUACAGGGAUACCAGUCAAGUACCCGCUAGAUAGAUGCAGAUUUGUUGCCCUUAUUGUGAUGUGAUUGUGAUAAAUAACAACAAACGUGAUUGCUACUGAUUGUAUCGGAAAGGUGAAAGACUGACACCGAUGAAGUGACAUCUUGUUGACUAUUUGCAAGAGUAAAUAAACUUAUGGCACUCUUCCAUCCCUACAAGGGACAUGUCAUAUAAUAAUACUCCUCCAAAUGAUGAUUCACACACCAGUCUGCCCGGUUCGGAAUAUGGUGCCACUUACGAUGGACAUAACACAAAUAAUUAUGUCAACGAACCAGAUAACGUGACCCUUCCUAUAAUUAACUCAACGAAUAGUGAAUCAGAUGUUAUCACUCAUGUGGACAACGAGCAGACAGUGUCCGGUGCUCACGGAGCACAAUCAGGUCUUCACGAGGCGUCAAAUGCAGAUAGGAGCCUAGAUCCAAUUCCCGAGGACAUUCCAGUUCAAGAGACACGAGAAAUCGUGCAGGCAGACUUUGAUGAAAUACCUGAGGAAAUUCCAGUUCAAGAGACACGAGAAAUCGUGCAGGCAGACUUUGAUGAAAUACCUGAGGAAAUUCCAGUUCAAGAGACACGAGAAAUCGUGCAGGCAGACUUUGAUGAAAUACCUGAGGAAAUUCCAGUUCAGGUGACACGUGAAAUACUGCAGGAAAGUUCCAUACAGACAGAUUUUAAUGUACCUGAUGUGUUUAUCUUACGAGAACACGUAGAUUACAGUCCGCCCAUUUUCCCGCCACAAGAUAUUGAUCUGAGCAGGAGACACGCGGCACGCAGAAGAGCUCAAAGAUUCGCGAGUUGCCUGACGUGCUUCCAACAUCCCGUGAUGGUAAGAAACAUACCAUGUGGUUGCACCUGCAAUUGUUUGCAAUGCGCAGUCGUUAUGAGAGUCUGUGCUGAAUGUCAUGGGGAAAUACAUCGUUACAUUUUCUUAUAGAAUGAUUUAAAAACUAAACACUUUCCAUUGGCUGUGACUUGACAGCAUAAUGAUGGGAGUCUUUCAACUUACAUUUCAAUUAAUAAACUGCCCUCUGUCCAAACGAUGGAGGUCAUCUCUGUUAGACGUGCGGACCCGCAGAGGAGCGGAUAUCGGCUCAGACUACUACCUUGUCAGUGGCAAAUGUAAGCUCCGAUUGAAACGCCAACCAAAACGAGCCACACGACCCCGCCCAUUUAAUGUAGAGAAGCUUAAAGACGGCAAUACUGCAGCACAGUUCCAAUUGAAACAAACGAACCGCUUUGAGGCUCUUGCAGAUAUAUUGACCCUUGAAGAAGAGUGGGCCAACUUCAAAGAUACCACUAUUGGGUGCGCGGAAGAAGUUAUCGGAAGGAGGCCAGGUUCAUACAAGGAACGGUGGAUACAAGACAGAACAUGGAAAUUGAUAGAUGAGAGGAAAGAGGCCAAACGUAGACGAGAUCAGAAAAAUGAAACACAGGAUAGGAGCCUAGCGGAAGAAGCCUAUAGGGAAGCAGAUCUGAAAGUAAAGAGAAGCUGUCGGCAAGAUAAACGGGACUGGAUUGAGCAGAAGGGACAAGAGGCACAAGCAGCUGCAAGCAGAAAUGACACAAAAACCCUCCAUUGUAUUGUCCGAGAUCUCACUGGAGCAAAGAGUGGACAUGGGGCAUCGAUAAAAGACAAGCAAGGCAAAACUUUGUUAACGAAAGAAGAACAGGAUGCAAGAUGGGUAGAGCACUUUAAAGAGACCAUUAACCAACCGUCGCCAGACCUAACUUACAUAUUCAAGGACCCAUCUCCAGACAAUGAUCUCAAGGUCUAGACAGACCCAAUAACUGCUGAGGAGGUUACCACGGCCAUUGCAAUGUUAAAGAAUAACAAAGCACCAGGGCUAGACAUGAUAUCAGCAGAAAUGCUAAAAUAUGGGGGACAGUGCAUUGUUAACAGAAUGACUGAUCUCUUAAAUCUCUGUUGGCGAACUUCAAAAGUCCCAGAGGACUGGCAAAAGGGAGUGAUUGUAAAGCUUCCAAAAAAAAAAUGCAACUUGGCAGACUGCAACAACUGGAGGGGCAUUACUCUCCUCUCUGUCCCGGGCAAAGUUUUCAGCACUGUUUUUUUGAGACGGUUUCAACAGUCUGUAGAUGAAAGGCUCAGAGAAGAACAAGCAGGUUUCCGAAGAGACAGAUCAGGUACAGAGCAGAUUUUCGUUCUACGAAAUAUCAUAGAACAAAGUCUUGAGUACCAACAACUGCUAACGAUCAGUUUCGUGGACUUCAAAAAAGCGUUUGAUAGUGUCCACCGAGAAUCACUAUGGAAAAUAGGAAUUUAGGAAAUUUAGGCACCGGAUAUUUAGGCACCCGGAAAUUUAGGCACCCGGAAAUUUAGGCACCCGGAUAAUUAGGCACCCGGAAAUUUAGGCACCGGAUAAUUAGGCACUUUUUGACAAGGCGGAAAAUUAGGCACCGGAUAAUUAGGCACUCUUUAAUUAGCGACCUUAAUUUUGAAAGUAGUUUUAAAAUGUUAACGUAUAUGUUAUCCUUAGGCUAUGGGCUAUCGGUGACGUUAUAAAAAAAUAGCAACUAUAACGAUUCUAGCUAAAGAAAAGUUGAAACAAAAUGGGAAAAAAUGACAAUCAUGAGAAUGUGUGGAAACAAAAGACUCCUGAGUAUAUAAUAUAGACAUCACAGGAUUCAGGGGAGGGUUGGUAGAGAUGAUACUCCGCUCAUUGCUUCCGUCCAUCACCAACCACUAAGGUUGACUGGUGAGUCUUUUUAAAUUGAUGAUUAUGCAAAUUGUGUAAAUAUUUAGUUACUAAUGUAAAUUCUUAUGAUUAAAAAGUAUUAUAAAAUAUUUUUAUUAUGUCGGGGAGUGUUGGUGAUAAAUAUAAUCGCAAUCGCCCUCUGCUUGUGGAAAAGGGAGGGGUCGUACUCUUAAAAUGGGAUGGGCGGGGCGAGGGGGGGGGCCCACACACUCUCACUUAAAUGAGUGGAUUUCUCGCAGGUAGAUGUAAACUUAGUCGUAAAAGUUACGUAGUGAAUCUGAAGGCUACACACUGGACUAAAGGGUAUGGAAACACAAAGGUGUUCAAAUGGAAGUCUGGGGAUUAUAUUUUAGAGGCCUUCCAAAAACUUUGGUAGACACAUUUCUGUUAAAACCAUCAUAAUAAUAAGAACAGUAAUAAAAAUAAUAAUAUAUAUAAGGGAAAUGAAGAUAGUUAAAUUUCAUUGGCAGUUUUGAAAGUUAGGGAAACGAGUGUUUUUUUGUUUUUUUUUAAUAUGUGUGUGUGUGUGUGUUUAAUAAUGAGUGUAUGAAACCUUUUUUGUCGUUGUUUUUUUUUUUCAUUCUGAAGAAAAAAAUAAUUGUAUAAGGUAGGCCUACUGAACACAAAAGGAAUGGAGGAAUCAUACCUUCUCGACAAUUGUAGUAAAUAUAUUUGGUUUAUGAUAGAGAAGGUGGGGUUAAAUUGGAACAUCAACAAUCUUCUAUAAGCAGAAUAAGUAUUAAUAAGAGACCAAUAUUCCAAAAAAAAAAUUUUAAUUAAAUUUUUAACUCAUCUGUCUUUUCCAUAAACUUUUUUUUAAAUUUUCAAAACAUUAUAUUUUAUCGUAAUUUCUAGCCGUUUUGCGAUUUCCAUUGCUAUUUAUAUAAAUAUUAUAUUACAUAAAUUUACAUAUAGGCCUAUAUUCAAUAAAAGUUAAUUACCACAUUUGAAGGACGUAACACACCUAUACACUCACACAAUAGAUCUUCCUAAAGGGGUUACCCAUUAACAAUAUAAAAGAAGGAGUGUUGAUAAUAGAUAUUAAUGGUAUUAUAAAAAAUGUAUACUACUUUAGUUUAUCAACAUAUUUAAUUCCUAUAAGUAACGCGCGCAAAUCCACCCUGCUCAUUUCAUUUCCCACUAUAAGAAGACAAUUUUCUCCAGACUUCCAUUUUAGCAGUUAUGUUCAAUGCUGUACCCUGCCCUGUACUCCAGUGUGUAGCCUUGAGACUCAUUGCGUCAUUUUCACGACCUAGUUCAACAUCUACCAGCCACAAAUCCUCUCCUUUAGUGGGAGUGCGUAAAGGGGGAAGGGCUAAGGUCAGGAAGCAAUGAGAAGAGAAUCAACUCUACCUCCCCUUCCCUGAAUACUGUGAGGUCUAUAUUUUAUAAUGACUAUUAAUCCGGAGUCAUUUUUUCCACACAUUCUCACGAUUGUCAUUUUUUUCCUCGUUUUGUCAGUUUUUCUUUUAUAUCAUGAAAAUUCAGUUAGAAUCGUUAUAAAUGCUAUUUUUUUGAUAACGUCACCAAUAGCCCAUAGCCUAAGGAUAACAUAUACGUUAACAUUUUAAAACUACUUUCAAAAUUAAGGUCGCUAAUUAAAGAGUGCCUAAUUAUCCGGUGCCUAAUUUUCCGCCUUGUCAAAAAGUGCCUAAUUAUCCGGUGCCUAAAUUUCCGGGUGCCUAAUUAUCCGGGUGCCUAAAUUUCCGGGUGCCUAAAUAUCCGGGUGCCUAAAUUUCCGGGUGCCUAAAUAUCCGGUGCCUAAAUAUCCGGUGCCUAAUUAUCCGGUGCCUAAAUUUCCAGAUACCGGAAAAUAGAGAAUGCGGUAUCCCAGAAAAAUUCGUCCAGGUCCUACGACACCUUUACAGUCAGUCUAGUUGCUGCAUUAAAACAGAAGAGGGUACAACAGAGUUUUUUUACAAUCGAGACAGGUGUGAGACAGAGGUGCAUCUUAUCUCCCUUCCUUUUCCUCCUAGCCAUCGACUACAUUAUGUGGAGAGCAACGAACCAGACUGCCUUUGGUAUUCCAUGGCAUGAACAACUCCGAUUGACGGACUUGGACUUUGCUGAUGAUGUUGCACUACUCGGGCUACAAAUAAAUGCAUUCAAGAAAUGACGGAGAGCCUAGACAGAGAGGCACCCAAAAUUGGCCUCCGCAUAAACUUGGAUAAGACUAAAAUUAUGCGAGUGGGAUAUAAGGCAAAGGGUGUCCCCGUCAGACUUGGCGAGUCAAAGCUUGAAGAGCUGGACAAGUUCACGUACCUUGGCAGCAUCAUAACAAAUGAUGGAGAUGCUUACCAUGAUGUAGCGUGCCGAAUAGGCAAGGCAGUGAGCAUUUUCCAAAGGCUGCAGCCUAUUUGGACUAGCCAAGCCAUUGGACUCGAGACAAAAAUACACCUUCUCAACACAAUCGUCAUUCCAACUGCUACAUAUGCAUGUGAAACGUGGAAGUCAUCUGUCAAAAUUGAGAAAAGACUAAAUGUGGCUCAACAGAGAUGGCUGAGACGGAUUUUGGGAGUCAGUUACACAGAUCGGGUCUCAAACAAGGAAAUCCUAUGCCGAACUGGGAGUCGAACACUUAGUGAGGUUGUGACUGAACGUCGCAUGAUGUUUGCGGGACAUGUUCUACGUCAAAAUGAAUUACGCACACCAAGAGUUGCGAUAACAUGGAAGCCAAAACGAGGAAAGCGCAAACAGGGACGUCCUCGUAUUACUUGGCGACACUCCUUCAUGGAGGACCACAGAACAGUGGACACCAGGUGGGAGGAGGCUUCAGACAUUGCUUGUGACAGAUCUUUAUGGAGACAGCUUGCCGCCCAAUGCACCGAACGGCGCGGGAGGACCUAAGUCUAAGUAAGUAAGUAAGUCCAUUAUCAUAUUUAAUCAUGGUAAAAAUACCAUCAAUAUAAAAUUAAUUCUUUGCCAUAUUUUCAAGAAAUUAUCCAUUGUUAAGUAUGUAUAGAAAUGUUUUUAAAAAUUGUCGUUUAAGACAUUCCCUUCCAAUUUGUUCUCUGAGGUCGACAUGUUCUCUGCAUUGAAGUUCAAUGUUAUUGUUAUUGGCCACACUAUGCCUUAUAUUUGUACCAUUAUUUUAAUAAGUCUAUCAUAGUUGUCUUAUGUGAAUUAUUGUUUAUAAUAUGUGUGUUCAUGGGCGUAGCCAGGGAUUUUUUUCAGGGAGGGGGUUUCUUCAAACCCCUUCCCCCACCUGGCUAUGCCCAUAUGUGUGUUAUACCGUGCAUUAUUAUAAGGAAUAUAUUUUUAUAAUAAAGCUUUAUAUGAAUGUAUAAUACCUUUUUUAUCAUAUUGUGUAUAUUUGUACCAUUAUUUUUAUGAGCCUAUCAUAGUUGUCAUUUGUGAAUUAUUGUUUAUAAUAUGUGUGUUCACGGGCGUAGCCAGGGGGGAUUUCGAAGAAACCCCAUUUUGAUAAGAUGGUAUUAUACAUUCAAAUAAAGCUUUAUUAUACAAAUAUAUUGCUUAUAAUAAUAUACAACAUAGCACCCCGUGUGCUAUUCCAUGCUAUACUAUAAGCAAUACACUUUUAUAAUAAAGCUUUGUUUGAAUGUAUAAUGCAUUUUAAUACAAAUACAAAAAACAACAACACUUCUAUCCACCUAGAAAGAGAAUGUACUUGUUCAAUAGGUUUUGUUGCUGAACAUAAAAUUUAUAUAUGUGUCAGACGCGAAUAGCCCAAUUUUCAGUAAAAGAAAUUGUAAAAGUCAUUUCUCUAUAGAAGAAGUUACGAAGGCUAUAUAAAAUACAACCACAGACCUAUAUAUACUACAAUAAAUAUAGGUUUUUGAUGGCUAGUUACGAUUUAUUUAGGUAGGGGCUGUUUUACUAUUAUAUGCCAAGUAUUAGAGUUUAGAAAAACCCAGGUUUGUUUCUUAUGCAACGCUAUUAGCUAACACCUCAUAUCAUCUCUCCAUUAGUAUAUUUAGAUCUAUAAUCUAAUUCUAGUCUAGAUCUAUAUAUAAAAAUCGAAUAGAUCUUGUAAUAGUAUAGAUUCUAUCUUGAGACUAGAUUGCCGAGUCUAGCCUAUGCUAUGCCUAUAGUCAGUUUUUAUUAGAAAAAAGUCUAGAUAUUAAUAAAAGACUAAAGUUUUUUAAUUAUUAGAUAUAGACAUAAGACAUAGAUCUAAUAAUACUUUAAUACGUUUACUAUACUCUAUACUAAAUCUACUAAACUAGAGAUCUAUCUAUAGAUCUAUCUAUAAUCUAGUCAAUCUAGAUCUAUACAAUAUUCAUUAUAAUACUUCUACUUAUAAUGACUUAUUUAAUAAGUUAGUACUUAGACUUAGAUCUAUUAUAGUUUAUUAAUAGAUUUACUUUUCAAUGACUAGACCUAAUAAUAAAAUUGCGAAUGAUGUCUAUAAUGACUGAUUAUUAUUUUUUUUUAUAUAAUAAUAGCUGGCCUACUAAAUCUAGGUCUAAAAUAAAUCUAGUCUAAAAUAAUGACUGUCUAAGACUCUAGAGUCUAGAUGAUUGAUAAGUUCACAUAGAGGUGUUUUUAAUGAUACGGCAUGUCGGCUGAAAGUAUAUAAAGUGCAUGUUUUUUUGUAAAAAUAUAAAAGAGGCUCCGGUUCUCAGUGAUAGAUUACCUAACUUUCAACUAAUAAUAAAUUAACAAUUAACGUUGAAUUACAAGAAAAGUAAUCAUUUUUCCCGACAUUGAAAAAAGCUGCCGGUACACCGUACCGGUGCGUACCGUCACAAAAAUAUAUGUAUAUCUCAAUCUUCUUUCAUUUAAUUUAUUGCUACUUAAUACAUUGAUACCGGAUCGAUUUAAAUAGGGCCUAAGUAUACAAGCAGGAUUUCGAGCAUUGGAUAAAUUUAUUUUUAAAGUACAAAGUUUUAUGGAAGAGGCAAUAUAUUAGUUGUUUGAGGUUUGUAACUUCUUAAAUUCAGGCUAAAAAUAUCGAAGCCUACAUUUUUACACUCAUUUCUAAACAAUUAGAAGAGAUGGACUGACUCAUAGUCUAAAUUGUGUACAUCUGCAAAAACACAAACUCAGUUAGACUUUCAAAACUAUUAAAAUAAAAACUUAGUGAUUAUUUUUACUGUAUAAUUCUAUUAUUAUUCCUUUUUAGAAUUAGGAUAUAAACAAAAAUUUGCCAUAUGACUUUAUCUAGCAGAAAAAAAAAUUAAACUUACGUCUAUUUAUGCGGUUAUUUAUAGUUACCUAGUAAUAUAAAAUAUAUUGAACUAACACGUACAUUCAUCAUAAUGCAGCCAUUUGAUUUUUCGUUUAUGAACAUAGCAUUAUUUAGGACCAAUAUUUUACAAAGGCUGCUUGGAGAAAUCAGGUAUACCCAUUAGGAGAAAAACGACCCCUUUACUCAAGAAAAAUUUAAGAAACUAGAACAGACACAAAAUAAACAGUGACAUUCAUAACAAAAGAAUAUUCAAAAUUGAUUAGAGUAACACCUUUUUAAGUAAUCAUUUAAAGUUUAAAAUCACUACAAUUUUUUUUUCAACAAUUAUUUUGUGUAUGAAAUUGUGUAUCGGAAAAUGCCGGGUACAUGAAAUAAGCGUCCUAAAAAAAAACAACACAGAUCUUGGGUAAAAUACUCAUCAAAUAAAGUACUGUAAAUGUGUAGUUUCACGCGCUAGUUUCAGGUCUUUUCUUUUUAUAGCCUCUAUCGGGUUAUACCCCAACUACCCUUAUUUUUGUGCAGAUUUUUUUUUCUCUAUCAGGUACACUUAAAAUUAUAGCAUAAUAAUGUCAGUUUAAUUUAAAAAGAGAACUGAAAAAUACAAAGAUAUAUAGGGAAAAAAGCGAUUUCCGGCCCAAUACUUUUUAAUCAAAGAAACGAAACGGACUAGUCCAACAAACCCUAAUGAUGUUACAUGCACUGGAGUGUAACAUAGUAACAUAUAUAAAAGAGGUGCAUAUCGCUCCAGCGACUUUUAAAUAUUCCUCAAUUAAGACCAACAUCAGGUGUUAGAAUUUUUUAAAAUAUUGUAAUUGUAUGUAUUACUAUAUAUGUAGUAUUUUUCAUAAAAGAAAAUAAACCCUUUUUUUUUGUGGCAGUCUUAAUGCAAAGAUCUUAAGAGUAUUUUAUGAAUUUUUUCCAUUCCCUUCAGUGUUUGGCAUAGGAAAUUUUGAGUUUCUUAGAGUUUUUUCCAAGGGAAAUAUCUCAAAAACCAAGUAGGAUUUCGGGUUCCACAUUCAAAGUCGUAAAGGGCCUUAAUCAGUUGGGGAUUUUUAGUUUUGUUGCAUUUUUAGGAAUAAAAUUAAUUAUGAAUAAGUUUUCUUCCCGAAAUAUAUUAGAAGCGCAGACACUUGAAACCGUUUGAACAAUUAUCCCUGCGUUGCUUUUAGUGUGAUUAGCAUUUCCUAGAUUACGUUUAUUAUAUUUAUUAGAUGAACAAUCGAAGGCCGAUAUUAUUUUAAAAAGAACAGGUCAUCAGUGAUACUGAUCGUAUGAAGUUCCAUCACAAUCGUUUGAUUCUUAUAUAAUUAAGGAUUUAAAUUUAGGUGAUUAUUCAUUAUUAGAAGUUGAUAAUCGAGUAAUUCUUCCUUAUAAUGUUAAUACUACUGUAGUAACUACAUCAGCAUUUACAAUUCCUUCAGUAGGAAUAAAAAUAGAUUCUGUCCCAGAGCGUCUUAAUUCAAUAAAUAUGUUUUUGAAUUGACCUGGAGUUUAUUACGGUCAAUGUUCAGAAAUUUGCGGUGCCAAUCAUUCAUUUAUACCUAUUGUAGUUGAAGCAGUCAAUGUAGAAGACUUUUUUUUGAAAGUGCUUAGCACAAAAGAUUGUAAAUCUUUCAUUGAUAUUAAUUCUCAAAAAUAUUAGGUUUAGAGCAAUGUGUUAAACACUGAAAAGUAAUACACAUCCCUGAAAAGCGAAGUUGUUGUUGAGUUUCUUUUCCUCAGUGAUUAUACUAUAAGCUUUUAUUGUGUGUACCACUUAUCACCACUUCUCAUUUCAAAGUAUCUCAUGUUCAUGAUCAGUCCUUAUCGACAUGCUUUUCUAAUGGCUUUAAUAAAUGUAAGGUAAGUGGUGCGCACAUGGGCGCCCGCAGGAGGGUGCACCACCCCCUGGAUUCUGAGCAUCCAAAUUCUAGCAAUUUUUUUUUUUGCACCAUCGGAUCAAUUAAAAUCUAAGUAGCAACUGAACAAGUAGUGCUUCCACUGGUGACUGAAGUACAGUUGUAGUAGACUAGCUUCAGGCUUAUCAGGAAGUGAUGGCUGACCAUGUACGUGCACCCCUCUGAAUUCUGAGUAACUAACUUUUAGCCAGUUUUUUACACCUUCAAAUCAAUUCACUUCUGCUAGGAAGCAACUUAACAUGUAGUGCUUCCACUGAAAUUAAGUAAAAAUAAACUAGAACAGACUAAUCUGUAGCUCUUGUCCGAUUAUGUGCGCUUUAUUAUAGGCUUGCAAUUCAAUAUUGUAUAGCAUGUUAGUCGUGACGAUUUGUUUUCACUUGCACACUAUUAUAGUUAUCAUUAUAUUUAGUAAUUUGUCUUGGAUGACAAAUCCUUGCCAGCUGUCUUUCGAUUUGAUAUAUGGGAAAGUUUCUU